AAGCUUACUCAGAAAUAAUUAAAAAAAAUGGAAGUUAAAUAUUUUUUUUUGUUUUGUUUUUUAAAUUGAAGAUUUGGGUUUAGAUUAAUGGGGUUUUACAGUUCAUUCCUCGUCAUAACACGCUUUACGUUUCCGUGUUGAUAUUCCUCCUUUCUUCUUCUUGUUCUUAUACCUUUUUUGCUUAGCUUUCACAACCAGAUCUCAAAAUUUCAGACAUUCUCUCGCUGGUGACACUUUUUCAAACGCACAUUUAUAUCCUGCUUGUACUUGGGAAUCUUUGUUUUCUGUUUGGUUCCCGAGAAAAAAAAAGGCCGUAACUAAAAUGGGAUGCUUGUUUUAUGGGUAACCGGGUAUUUAAGCUAAAGAUAUCCUUGAUAUUAUUAACUGGGUUUAGGCUAAAAUAAACCCAGCCUUUGAAUUUCACUCCAUAAUUUGAGGAUUUUGAGAUCCUGUCUUGACGUUUUCUUAAUGGUAAAUGCAGUUCAAAGUUUGAAGCUUGUUUGUUGGUGAUUCUUGGGUUUGGUUUAGUUUACUUGGUUUGGUUUGUAAUUGUGUAUAUUAGUAUGUUUUUGAGAGAAAAAGGUAGAGUGGUUUGAGGGUGUUAAAAUAGUGUCGUUUGAGGGAUUCAUGGCUUCCAGGGAAGGGAAACGACACCACCAUCAUCAUCAUAAUCUUGUGCCUCUUGCUGCGCUGAUAAGCAGAGAGAUGAAGAGUGAGAAGAUGGAGAAGCCUACUGUUAGAUGUGGUUAUGCUGCUCAGUCCAGAAAAGGAGAAGACUAUUUCCUCAUGAAGACUGAUUGUCAACGAGUCCCUGGAAAUCCUUCUACAACUUUUUCUGCUUUUGCUAUCUUUGAUGGGCAUAAUGGAAACGCGGCUGCAAUAUUUACAAGGGAGAAUUUGUUGAAUCAUGUGUUGGGGGCUAUACCCCGUGACUUGGGUCGGGACGAGUGGCUUCAAGCUUUACCGCGGGCAUUGGUUGCGGGGUUUGUGAAGACUGAUAAGGAAUUUCAGAGCAGAGGCGAAACUUCUGGAACCACAGCCACAUUUGUGAUAGUCGAUGGGUGGACUGUGACCGUGGCGUCCGUCGGAGACUCCCGUUGUAUUUUGGAUACUCAGGGAGGAGUUUCUACAUUAACUGUUGAUCAUCGACUCGAAGAGAACGUAGAAGAAAGAGAACGUGUGACCGCAAGUGGUGGCGAAGUUGGGAGGCUUAGCAUUGUUGGUGGAGCAGAGAUUGGUCCGCUUCGGUGUUGGCCUGGUGGUUUAUGUCUUUCUAGAUCAAUUGGGGACAUGGAUGUUGGAGAGUUUAUAGUUCCAAUACCGUAUGUCAAACAAGUGAAGUUAUCAAGCGCAGGUGGCAGGCUUGUAAUUGCAUCUGAUGGCAUCUGGGAUGCCCUAUCCUCGGAGAUGGCUGCAAAGUCUUGUCGGGGGUUGCCCGCCGAACUUGCUGCUAAGCAAGUUGUAAAGGAAGCUUUAAGGACAAGGGGGCUAAAGGAUGAUACGACCUGCAUAGUUGUUGAUAUAAUUCCGCCAGAUAAUUCAGCACAGCCUUCAACUCCUCCAAAGAAGCAGAACAAGUUUAGAGCUCUAUUAUUCAGGAAGAAGUCUCGUGAUUCCGUAAAUAAGCUAUCAAAGAAGCUCUCAGCUGUUGGAAUUGUGGAAGAACUUUUUGAGGAAGGCUCAGCAAUGCUUGCGGAAAGAUUAGGAAACGACGAUUCAAUGGGGCAAUCAACAUCUGGACUAUUCAUGUGUGCUGUAUGUCAGGUUGACCUUGCACCAAGUGAGGGCAUCUCAGUUCAUGCUGGAUCGAUCUUCUCCACCAGUGCAAAGCCCUGGCAAGGGCCUUUCCUCUGCGCUGGGUGUCGUAACAAGAAGGACGCAAUGGAAGGAAAACGUCCCAGCGGAGUUAAAGUGGCGUAGCUCCUCUAUUUGUUACCACCCUCAUAUUCUUUAACCCUUGAUUCUUUUUGCUUCUCUAAAUCCAUUCUCGUAGGCCAGGCAUUGUUUAAAUCUUACUUUCAUGUUGCAUUAAAUGUAUAUGUAAUGGACAAAUAAUGUAAAAAAAAAAAAGGAGUAUUAGCAAUUGAGAAAGAUUUGGUUCUAGGAAAAGAAUGCCUUGUUCUCAGAUUCUCUCCCCAUGGGGAAUGCCAAGAUCAACUCAACUAUGCUUGUUCAUAAUGAAUGAUUUGAGUAAAAUAUAAAAGUCAAACAAGAUUUAAGACAUUGGUUUCUUUUAUUAU